GUUGUCGUCCAAGACGUAAACUGCGCAUGCUCUAGUCUUAUUUUCAUCACGUGCAAUGUCAUCUGACGAAUGACCAACAAAGCAGGAAAUGAAGAAAACAACCCAUAGAGAAACAACCAUGGACAGUUAAAGAAGACAACCCAAUGCCAAUCAGCACAAUUUAUUUUAUUCAGUCAAAAAUGUGCCUUUCAAAGUUCUGUAACGGAAUGCAUAAUUUAUUAAGGCUGUGGAUGGUCUGUGUGUCUCUUUUCAUAAACCAUGGAUUCGCCGGUAAAAUGAAGAUAGUCGAGGAGCCAAACACAUUUGGGUUGAACAAUCCUUUUCUGGCUCAGGGAAGCAGACUCCAGCCUAAAGUGACCCCAUCUCCAGUGUCUGGCCCCACACAUUUUCAUCAGCUUGCUAGGAAGUGCUUCAGUCUCACAGAGUCAACGUACAAAUAUGAAUUCUGUCCAUUUCAUAACAUCACCCAACAUGAGCAGUCAUUUAGAUGGAAUUCCUACAGUGGGAUCCUGGGGAUCUGGCAGGAGUGGGAAAUAGCAAAUAACACUUUCACAGGCAUGUGGAUGAGAGACGGGGAUGCUUGUGGAACGAGAAACAGGGAAACAAAUGUGAUUUUUGUCUGCAGUGCAAGCAGCAAGCUUGCUCAAGUCUCAGAGCCCAGUACUUGUGUGUACUCGCUAACCUUUGAGACUCCUCUUGUUUGCCAUCCACAUUCCCUUUUGGUGUACCCGACACUGAGUGAGAAACUCCAAAGGGAAUGGGAUGAAGCUGCGCAGGCUCGCUAUGAAGGUCUUAUUACUGAGCAGGGAUACAACAAUCUUUUAAGGGAUAUUUUUGACGACGCUGGUCUCCUGAAGAGCCAAAAAGAGAAGAAGAAAAAGCUGCCAGAAGUUGCAGCUGAUUCAGGAACACACAACUCUUUACAGAAAUGUACAGAGGAUUUCCAGAAACAGAGAGAAGAGAUUGAGAGACUGCACGCUCUCCUCACUCAACACAAUAUUACCUUUGAUUCAAAGCAAAAUGAAGCCAAAGGCACAGUGAGUGCGACAGUUAAGGAUCAACAUCUACGGGGAGACAACGGCCUUUUUGUUCCACAGUGAAACA